UGAAGAGACGCAGAUUGACACACGUCCUCGGAGUCCAGCUACAAGAAAGAAGACACUGCUGCUUCGCCCACUUGUCCACACACUGAAGCUACUAUCACAGACAUAAUGGCCUCCAGAUUAGAGGAGGAUCUCUGCUGUCCGGUCUGUCAGGAGGUCUUCAGAGAUCCUGUGGUUCUGUCCUGUAGCCACAGCUUCUGUAAAGACUGUGUGAAGAGAUGGUGGAAGGACAGACCAACAACAGACUGUCCUAUUUGUAAGAGAAGGGCUUCAAUGGACCCACCGUGUAACCUGGUUUUAAAGAACACGUGUGAGACCUUCUUACAGGAGAGAAGUCAGAGGUCUUCAGAGGUUCUCUGCAGUCAGCACUCAGAGAAACUCAGACUCUUCUGUCUGGACCAUCAGCAGCCAGUGUGUCUCGUCUGCAGAGAUUCAGAAAAACACAGCGGCCACAAGAUCAGACCCAUCGAUGAAGCUGCACAACAACCCAAGAAGCAACUACAGGAAACUCUGGAGACCCUCAAGAAGAACUUAAAGAGUCUGGAAGAAGUUCAGGUGAAGUUUGAUCAAACAGCAGAUCACAUUAAAGUCCAGGCCCGACACACAGAGACACGCAUGAAGGAGCAGUUUAAGAAGCUUCAUCAGUUUCUAGAAGAGGAAGAGGAGACCAGGAUGGCUGCACUGAGGGAGGAAGAGGAGCGGAAGAGUCACAUGAUGAAGGAGAAGAUGGAGGCUCUGAGCAGAGAGAGAGACGCUCUAUCAGAUACAGUCAGAGCCACAGAGGACGAGCUGAGAGCUGAAGACGUUUCCUUCCUGCUCAGCUACAAGGCUGCAGUGGACAGAGUGCAGCAGCGCCCCCUGCUGGAGCCACAUCUGCACUCAGGAGCUCUGAUAGAUGAGGCCAAACACCUGGGCAACCUGGCCUUCAACAUCUGGAACAAGAUGAAGGACGUGGUCUCCUACAGUCCUGUGGUUCUGGACCCAAACACUGCUCAUCCAAGACUCAUCCUGUCUGAAGAUCUGACCAGUGUGAGACGAGGAUCCAGACAGAAGGUUCCUGACAAUCCAGAGAGGAUGGAUCGUAACAUCAGUGUCCUGAGCUCUGAGGGUUUUAACUCAGGAACUCACAGCUGGGACGUCCAGGUUGGAGACAACAAAUUUUGGACAGUGGGAGUUUUAGAGUCUUCCCAGAGGAAAGAAAGAGACAUACGGUCUGGAUUAUGGGGGAUAACUUUAUAUGAAGAUAAAUACCACACAGGGUCAUCAGGUGAAGUCUCUGUUCUCCAGCUGAAGAACAAGAUCCAGAAGUUCAGAGUGACUCUGGACUGGGACGGGGGACAACUGUCCUUCUCUGAUCCGGAUACUAACACACUCAUACACAGACACACACACACUUUCACACACACCGUGUUUCCAUUCAUUAACACUGGAGACGAUGAUGCUCUUCCAGUGAAGGUGUUACCAGUGAAGGUUUGUGUGACAGAGGAACAGAGCAGUUAGAGACAAACAGCAGGGACAGUGCAGAGAACUGAACCAGGUUCUCUUUGACGUGUCUGAUUCUUCUGCUUGUUUAUUUUUCACUCGUGUAAAACAUUUUCACUGUCACUUUUUAUUCAAAGUAGUAAAAUCAGUGAUUAGAGAUCAA